CCCCAACUUCCAACGUCCAACGCGCAGCCAUCCAAUCGACCUUCACAAGAAGCCAAAAGGCAAGGAAGAGAUUGGAGGUUGCUGAACCAUGUCAUCGAAGGUUGACGAGAAGAAGGAAGAGACGAAAGAAUUAACGUCUGUAGCUGCUGGUGAUGGUGAAGAAGGAAACAAGUCCGUGACGGAGGACUCUACUAGUACCGAAAAGAAGGAAGAUACCACGCCACCUGUGGCCUCCACGCCAUCAGAUAAUGGCGUUUCCUCCAGCUCCAACAACGAACAGAAAGACAAGGAGUCGGAAGAAAAGCCUCUGUCAAAGAGUCAAAUGAAGAAGAGAAAACGAUGGGAGAGAGCCAUUGAAGCCAAGAAGAAACGCAAGCAGCAUGAAAAAGAUCUCAAAGCCGCCAAAGCCAAGGCCGAAGGACGGGAUUUAGACCAGGAACGACGCAUGCUGGAACAGCGGACUCAAGAUGGAGCUGGCAAACGCAAACGACUGGAAGAAUGGGAAAAUACCAAGGCUCCUCUCGUCAAGAAAUCCUGGCAAGUGGUGCUAGAUUGUUCCUUUGAAACUCAAAUGACCAAAAAGGAAGUCAGUUCCUUAUCCAGUCAAAUUCGAUACUGCUAUGCAUCCAAUCGACGAAACAAUCAUCCUUGUCAAUUGACUAUUUCCAGUUUGGCCGGAAAAACACUCGCCAAUUUGCAUAAUGUUUCGGGAUUUGACGAAUGGACCCAACGAGCCUUUUCCCACAGCGACAAGUCUCUGGAAGAAAUCUUUGCUGCAGAUAAUCGUCUCAACGAUAUCGUCUAUCUCACCAGUGAUUCGGAAACUGUCAUUGAAGAACUCGACAAUUCCAAAAUAUACGUCAUUGGUGGGAUUGUUGAUCGCAACCGAUUGCCACGGAUGGCCAUUGAUCGAGCCGAGAAACUCGGAUUGGCCACGGCACGGUUGCCUCUGGAACAUCACUUGAAGAAGAUGCAAGGCACCAAGGUACUCACCUGCAAUCACGUCUUUGAAAUUCUGUUAAAGUACCGAGAACAUGGUAAUGACUGGGAAAAGGCGCUGCUAGAAGUGCUUCCCUCCAGAAAAGACAUUGCAGUCAAGAAUGAAAACCAACCACCACCACCAAAGUCCGACCAAGAUAUGCAUACAAACAAGGAGACCAAGAAAGAUGAUGCCAAAGACGAUCCUACCAAAAAAUAAUAAUAAUUAAGGGAUUCGAUGAAUGUUCCAAUCGCUGGCCUGUCGAAUGGGUGCCUUUAGCUCUCUAUUAUUAAAAAUGUACCUGAUGCUGUUUUGGGGGGGGAUGCAAGAGACUGAUUCCCAGCAUUAAGUUAGUUAAUCUCUGCUUCUUGCUUUUUUAAAAAUUCACUCUUCAAGCGUAUGAUACUCUGCUGGGGUGAUGCCGUACC